CACUUCAAACGUUUAUUCUUGCAUGCUGGCCCUGGCCUCUGUCUUGUGGCUUCCUAGAGGUUAUAGCAUUUCUGAUCUGCCUCUCUGGUUUUCUUAGCAGAAUGGCCCUGCUUGUUUUGCUUCUCUUUGGCAUUCAGUUGCUAGGCUCCUGGGCUGUCUCUCCUCCAUUCGUGGAACCGCCACCUCUGUUACUUUCCCCUGCGUGUAAUGACUCUGCGGUAGAGGCAGCUGCGGAUCUGGCUCUGCGCCAGAUCAAUGCCAACCAAAGAGAAGGCUACGUGCUUGGUCUCUAUCGAAUUUUCAGCGUCCAAGAACAGCCCCAGAGAAUCGCUGGUUCUGUCUUCUAUCUCACCUUGGAUGUGGUAGAAACUGACUGCCAUGUACUCAGCAGAAGGUUGUGGAAGGAUUGUAAGAACAGACCUACCCAUCAAACUGUUUUUGGGCAGUGUAAAGCAACCCUCUACAUUAACAAGCCAAGGAGAAUUGUUCACCUGCAAAGCUAUGAGUGCACCUUACAGCCAGUUCCAUCAAGCUCAUUUUUAAGGAUUUGCCCUGACUGUCCAGUCCCUGGCUGUCCAACGGAGCCCAAGUAUCUGGAAACUGCUGUUGUGAGCCUGGCCAAAUUCAACAAGGAAAGUGAGCAAGCUCAUUCUUUCUCUGUCCUCAACGUUACCAAAGCUUCAAUGCAGGUAAGGCUGAAAUUCAUACAGCCCACUUUAGGCCCUGGAAAGCAUUGAUACAACUGCUGCGCUAUCAGGUGCAAAGAUGGGCUUGAGCGCCAACAGUUGGUUCAGGAUAGGAUUCUGAACCCUUCAAAGUUUGAGGCUGUGUAGAUCUGUGGCUUUGAUUCAUCUUAUUCUAGAGAGACGAGCCAGUUACAAAAUUCAGAUCUAGAUUUGAACUCCAUAGUUCAUUGUCCCUGCUGGCAAUUUGCCCCUGGGCUUUGGAUUCAGGCCUACCUCUAACAAAAGGCCCAGCUGAUAAAGUAUUUAGUGUAGCAUAGAGGUUGCACACCUGCAACUCACCAAAUUAGCUUAAACAUAAUUAAAAAUAUCAUUGCACAGUGAGGAGGUGCUAAUUAUCAGUGUCCUGGCUAAAUUCCAUGUGUUCCUCACAAUUA